AUGAAGGCCAAUGGGACAAACAAUGGCUGUAGCCGCCUAAACACGCCAUUGGCAGCCACCACCACACUGGAGGAUCCGGGAACGCCAGCCUCUUGGAAGGGCCCGCCGCCCGGCUCGGAGGCAUCGCCCUUUACACCGAACUCCGUCAGCCAGGGUGGAGGCCCUGGUUCUGGUCCCUACAAUAGUACAGGUGGUCCACCCAGUAAUGCGACCUUCCAGGGCCCCAGCCCGUUCCCUGGUGGCGCUGGUAGCCCAGCGGGCGCCCCGCCUUAUCAAGGGCCUCCCCCUGGUUCCGCGACACCCCAGUAUACUGCUUCGCCGGCGCCUAGUGGGUCCUCGACACCCGGUCCUGGACCACCGCCGAAUUCUUCCGGUUUCCCUCCUCCACCGAAUAAUUCCGGGCCCCCGUACAAUGGGCCUGGACCCAGUCCAUUCGGUUCGCCAUCUGGCGGCCCACCUCAGUUCGUCGGCCGACCCGGAUCCUCGGGACCACCGUUUGUUCCUCCUGGAGCAGGGAAUCCUCAUUUUCCCUCGCAUGGCCAACCGUUUGGCGGGCCUCAGUACGGGAUGCCACCUGGAAGCCCAUUUGGCCCUGGUCACCCGAUGACAGGACCCAUCGGACCUGGACAUCCAGCGAUGAUGGGACCUGGUGGACCUGUCGACAGGAUGGACCAAGGAUCGUUGCCUGUCCCCAGGAGGCAUACUCCGUACUUCGGCCAGCCGGACUACAGGCUCUACGAGCUGAACAAGAGGUUACAACAGCGCACCGAGGAAAGCGAUAACCUCUGGUGGGAUGCAUUUGCGACUGAAUUCUUUGAGGACGAUGCAACCUUAACGCUCACGUUUUGCUUGGAGGAUGGUCCCAAGAGAUACACGAUAGGCAGGACGUUAAUACCUAGGUACUUCCGUUCAAUAUUCGAGGGCGGAGUGACGGAACUUUACUACAAUUUGAAGCACCCGAAAGAGUCAUUUCACAAUACCAGCAUAACCCUCGACUGUGAUAACUGCGUUAUGGUCACGCAUCACGGAAAACCGAUGUUCACGAAGGUAUGCACGGAAGGUAGAUUAAUAUUGGAGUUCACGUUUGAUGACCUUAUGAGGAUAAAGUCGUGGCACAUGUCGGUAAGGACGCACAAGGAGCUCGUGCCUAGAACUGUGGUCGGUAUGCAACAGGAUCCGACGAUGCUCGAGCAGCUUAGCAAGAACAUCACCAGGCAGGGCAUCACCAAUUCCACCUUGAACUACCUUAGGUUAUGCGUGAUCUUAGAGCCGAUGCAGGAGCUGAUGUCGAGGCACAAGGCGUACGCGUUGUCACCGCGGGACUGCUUGAAGACGACCUUGUUCCAGAAAUGGCAGAGGAUGGUUGCCCCGCCGGGUAAGAGAGAAUCUCAGAGGCCGGCGAACAAACGAAGAAAGAGGAAGGCAAGCGCCUCAGGACCCGGAAACAACGCACCUCCAGCGCCAAGUAAAAAGAGAUCGCCGGGGCCUAAUUUUGCUCUGGCGUCACAGGACGUGAUGGUUGUGGGUGAACCGUCGUUGAUGGGAGGCGACUUCGGCGAGGAGGACGAACGAUUAAUCACGAGGUUGGAGAACACGCAGUACGACGCAGCGAACAGUCUGGACCCGCACAGUCACGACACACCUGGCGGACCACCCCCGCAUCCUCACCAAUUCCAUUCGGAACCAACACCGGGCAACUCCUGGCCACCAGACCGCGGUCCUGGCCCUCCACAGGGAGGACCCGGUAGCCAGCUAAGAACCUGCCAUUCUCUCGAUGAUACUCACCUCGGACGUCACUAUCGUGAUUGUAGGGAGUGCAGGGCGGACAGGGGGGCGCGGCAGCGGGUGUACAGGGCACGCAGGACGCCAGUCAGCAGCAACAAGACAAGAAGAGCCCCGCGGUGAGCCAGUGAGGCCAGGAGUCCCCGCGCCCCCCCACCAGGGGGCGACGGGGGCGCAGGCCCAAGAACAUGGCUCCCUAGCGGGGCGAGAAUCCUAACCUCCCCGGCGCCUAUCUAGCCUCGUCUGGCUGUUCGGCCAGCUCCAGGCUGUCGCACGUCAGCGUACA